CAGCAAGUUUUCCCAAAAGCUUCUUGACAGUGUGUGAAACGGUAACAUAACUUGCAAGCUGUCGGAAAAUCCUUUCUGUGCCUUUUUAACUGGACAAACAUUUCGCGCCUUUUUAAACUUUGAAAUUCAGCUGAGACAGCGACAUGAUUAUUGCUUUUUUUUUUUACCUGGUUUGAAAUCAUAUGAAAAUAUUUAUUUUCUGCCUCAUACUAGCUCGAAUUGACAAUCCUUGGAUUGUUCUAAGGAAUUAUUGUAUUUGCCGAUAUCAGAAUAUGUGUUGUCUGGACCCUUUAACAUAUUUAUAUUUUUAAAUAUAAUUAUUAUAGGUUUUAUUAAGUCGUAGUGCAUAGCACAACUCAAGGAGUGUAAUCAGGAAGUUUUACCAAUUCUUAAAUGUCAUUAAGCAAUGAAAGAUCAAUCAAUUAGUAAUCAAUCCACAUCGCUAACACAUUUCAAUGAACAUUUCAUACUAACAUGUUUUGUCUGUUUUCCAAAGUCUUGUCAGAGCUUAUCUAGAUUGUUCAUAUUUGAGUUAACGUCACGAAGCUUAAUUAUAUCGUGUAUGAAAUAAAAUAUACUUUUGUUAAACGGUCAUACAAUACAACCGUUUUUUUUUCAUUUUCUAGGUGCAAAUGUCACAGUUGUUAGUGUACGGAGCUCGCACGGCUACAACCCACCACGAAACGGUUAUAACCAGUAUCCCACUCCCCCUAUAAGAGGCAAGGCCGCAUGCCAGAAUGUUCCUUCCUCGCCAAACAACGAGCCCACCACAUACAAUAAGCUAAGAAGCCAAGCAAACGCCAUCGGUGAGGUCGAAUUACCCAAAGUAAAACUAUCGAAUUAACAACAACUGAAUGAGGAGAUACAAUAAAUGCUGCAAAUGUGGCGGAGAGUACACGGCGAAAAAGAAGCUACUGCUACUGCUACUGCUACUGCUACUGCUACUACUACUACUACUACUACUACUGCUGCUGCUGCUGCUACUUCUACUACUACUACUAAUACAACUACUACUACUACUACUACAAUGAUGGUUCUUUUACGUCAAAAAUCUCCUUUCCCUUGAAUUUUGGUGGGAAAGCGCACGUCUGUAAGAAGAUAAACAAAUAUACAUAUAUAAAUACAGUAGACCUAUUAACUAUGAACAUUCGCCUUUCCAUGAUGCGGGAGAUUAUCUGCUAUGUCCAAUCUUAUCGUUAUAACAACAGAAAUAAAAAAAAAUAACAAAGAUUCAGACUGAGUAAUUAUGUUAUCAUGUUAAUUUAUUGAAUAGAAACUACAAAGCAACAUAGGUCCUGCCUCUCCUCACAUAUAUGAUUAGAAAUUACAAUUGUUCCUUAACACUUUUUAUUAUAAAGAUUCGUCCUAAGUACUCAAAAAUGGCUUAACCCUCUACAGCGAGUCCCUCAUUUUACUGACCUUUACAUGACGAUAACCUCAACUUAGUGUCUCUACCUGAUUGUCUCUUGGGCUAUGAGUAACGUGUCUUUAAAUUCAUAAAUGUUAGCUUAUUCCUAUAGUUGAAGCCAUGACUUGAAUGACGAUUGUCAAAUCUAUACUCAAUACGUUUACAGAUCGAUACACUGAACAUUUAAAAACAAGUCCAUCUUGUAUUACCUUAACAAAGCCAUCAUGUAGGUUUCGGAGUAAACUUCUAUAGUAAGUGGAAAUAAGUACAAGAAAACUGAAAAUGAUAAAAUAUUUGACGUUUUUGACAGUGAUCUUUGGAGUGUUCGGAGAUCAGGAAAUUUGCAGUGGUUCCGAUAAAUACUGUGCGGAAGGUGAUUAUUGCUGCGGAGUCAAGUGCUGCACCCCUCUAGCAAUUCCGGCAAUUACCGGGAUAGUGAUUGCGUGCAUUGUCUUCCUAUGCACAGCUGUCGCCUGUAUCUGUUUCUUGGUGCAGCUAAAUAAGAGGAAACCAGGCAGGACGAUACAACCUCGCCAGGGUGCAAAUGUAGCAGUUGUUGGUGUACAUAGCACGUCCAGCUACUACCCACCACAAAACGGUUACAACCAGUACCCACCUCCUCUGACUUACAACCAGGCUGGUAGCCAGUAUCCACCUCCUCCGGCAUACAAUCAGGCCGACAGUCAGUAUCCACCUCCUCCGGCAUACAAUCAGGCCGGCAGUCAGUAUCCACCUCCCCCGGCAUACAACCAGUUCGCCGCCUUAAAUGCGCCAAGCAGUCAACCCCCGGCCUUCGGUCAGGCAACGCCCGGAUUUAGCCAAACUGCAUACCCGCCACCGCCGUCGUUUAACUCUGUACCAACAAACAACCAUGAGAAAUAAUAUCGAUGGUUGGGUUUGGCAUUUUUUAAAGAUUCUAACAAACUUGUAUAUAUGAUGAAACCGUUUUUUAAACAAUAAAAAACAUUUCAUUUCAUGAAGUGUCCGCUUAUAUAAACCCUAUAAGAACUGUUUUCAAAAUCGAGUUCUUUAAUCUAUGAACUGUUAUGUGUGUAUAAGGAAAAUCUGUAAGAUGUACGAAAUGCUUUAACAGUAUUAGUUAUUGACAUAUAAAUAUAGUGCCUGUAGUUAUAAAUUUAAGAAUAGCAAUUUUCUAGCUAUUUCUCUUUGUUUUUAGCAUAAACAUGUAGUUCAUGUUUGAGCAUUUCUUUUUGUUUUGUUUUAUUGCAUGUUGUAAUUGUAUGUUCUUUAGUUCACUUGUUAUGGUAACUAUAGUUCUACCAGAUACAGACAGUAUGCAUGUGUAUAAACGUUGAUUGACUUAAUAAUCAUGUUUUGUGCAAUUAUAGUUUGCAUUAGGGUAUCGUCUAGAAAAAAUGUUGUUCAUGGGCACAAGGUCUAAAUGUUGAUAGCAGUUAUUAGCUUUUGCUAAGGUCUGAUUAAUGUUCAAGCAAUUUCAACCAUUGGAGCAUUGCUUCUGUUUAGAAAGGAAGGUACUAGCGACUGCGAAGCAAGUGUCAUCCUUCAUACGGCCGUUUAACACAGUUAGUGCAACCAUCACAGAGGGUUAGAGUCGCUUCGAAAAUUGAGGGGAAGGCCCCGAGACGCUCUGGGCUUUGGCAUCGAAACAACGAUGGAUUGCAAUUGAAAAAAGUUGUCUUUGUCUUCUUCAAGAGUUUUGAAAUCUCCACUAAGUCAUGUUUGCAUCAGUAUUGUUAUAAAAGUAGUGUUAUUGUUAUAGUUUAUCUAAAUCAUUUAAGAUGUCCUAUUGAUUUGUCAAGGUCACUCACGUACAUUUGUAUAUAUCAAUUACAUUUUUUCUAUUGGAUUCGCGUAAAUUCGUUUGUAAAGUGGUUUCUAUACAUCUUUGUCACAGUACCUAAAACAUGUUCCUUAUCUGGACCAAAAUCCCUGUCCACGAUAAAUGAUAAAUUGUGUUUAAAUCAUGAUUUUAAAUAUGAUAAAACACAUUUUGUAUGCAUUAUAUUAUUUAUUUUUAUGAAUAUAAGUACUUGUUAUAUUGUUUUGAAGUU